GGUGACUUUGACAGAACUGGUUGGCGUUUGUCCUGGUGCUUUCCAUCCAUUGGCUCAGAGGGAUUGUUUCGAGGAGCGAUGGAAGGCACGGCGUUGCGUCACUUUGAGAGUCCUGGAGGGCGCAGUGCGGUAGCGUGGUCACGGUGAAGUAGAGUAUUGACGGCGGGUAGAGGAAUACACGGUGUUGCGCAAAGCGCCGACUGUGGAAGGAUGCGUAAUAGCUGUCUGACGUCAAGAUGGCUGUGGGAACGGGAAUCAGCGUAUGCAAUUUCACCCAACGCCAGAACUGAGAGGAGACAAUUUUCCCAAUUCCACGAGGUGACUCAUAGAUUAAGGUUAGAUUGAUUGGCCUCGUUUCCCGUGAGUCUGGUGUGUGAGGGAGCUUCCAAAGGAGGAACAUCCUUUUCACACAAGUACAGAGCUUGCUUCAAGUCUUGAAGAUGGAUAUGACAUUCAGAAACUUCGAGCGCACGAGCGUCUACCAGGCCAUGUUAAACUGCGGGACCUGCACUAAAGUGGUGCGGCGAAGCAAUACCACAGCCGAGACUGUAAAGACUUUCCCACGUCCUCUUAGUGCUCCAGCGGGCCUGAAUCUCAUGGUCCAGACGGAUAUCUUCGGUGGACCUUUUCCCGACUACCCCGCCGCAGAAUGCGGCCAUCUGCGCCACCGUCACCGUCGAGUUCCUGCAACUGCCCGUGAUGUGAAGUCGGCCACAAUCCGUCAGCACUACUACCCCGAAGGCGGCUGGGGUUGGACAGUGGCUGUGUGUGGAGUGCUGGUGCAGCUUCUUUCAGAGGGGCUCCUUGCGUCUCACGGAUUUGUGACUGUGGUUGUGCAACUGCGGUAUCCCGGCGAAACGACGCCUACGAAAUUAGCGUGCCUCGGUGCCAUGUCGACGUCGACUGCUCUGUUCCUGUCUCCGGCCGUGAUCGGCGCUUGCCGCCGCAAGAGCACACGUCUGGUGGCUGUGCUAGGUGGUCUGGUGGCGGCCCUCGGAUGCCUCUUCACGUCAUUCGCGUCGCAGUUCCACCAGUUAUUCUUCAGCUACGGAGUAGUCCUGGGGUGUGGCGUCGCGAUGACGCGCGACACGUCCGUCUUCAUGGUGGGACAGUACUUCAAGAAGCGCAGAGAAGCCGUCGAAGUUGUCCUCGCGGCAGGGACAGGCAUCGGUGUUGCCGUUGUGCCUGUCUUUGUAGUGGAGUGCAUACGGGUAGUAGGAUGGCGUCUGGGCCUUCAGGCUUUGACGGGAACCAUGUUCAUCAUGUUCGUGCUCGGCAUCUUCUAUCGACCAGCUUCGCUGUAUCAUCCACAACGACGUGCAAUUCUGCACCUGAAAAGCAUGCAGAAACGUUCCAAAGCGAAAGACAAGAACAUCAGUGCCUCUGAUAGGACGCCUUUCAUCGACUACGGUGUCCUGCGUUCGCGAACCGUGCAGAUCCUCAUAGCUGGCACAGCCAUCACAGCAUUCGGUGUCAGCACACCUAUGGUACUCCUGAUGUACCUGGGUGAGGAAGAAGGCUUGGAGCGACCGUCCUUGCUCCUGCUCCAGGUCUUCCUUGGCUUAGCGUCUGUCGUGGGAAGCUGCGCCUUCGGCAUGAUCAUCAUCAAGAACAGUGUCCAGUGCCUCAUCGCCAGGCAGUACCUAUGUCAGGCAGCUGGCUUUAUGAUCGGUGCUGCGUUGCUGGCCUUUACAGCGCUCCACCAGUACAACGGUUACCUCCUCUUCGUGUGGAUGUACGGCGUCCUCCUUGGUGGCUACCAGUAUUCCCUUAAGAUGUACACGCUUGAAAAAGUACGCGCUCGAAACUUCGCCAAAGCUUGGGGUUUUGUGCAGUGCUCGCAGGCUGUGCCUGUUCUUGUGGGCGUGCCCCUAGCAGGGUUCCUGAACGAGCGCUUCGGAGGGCGCUCGGGUUUCUACCUCUCCUCGGCGUUCGCUUUUAUGGGCAGCCUAUUCCUUUUCCUCAUUGACCUCCAUAAGAAAAAGACGAGAAAGAAAAGAAAACGCAGUACCAUGACGGACUGCCGCAGGUGCUCCGACAUUCCUCCACUUCCAUCGCGACGCUCCUCAGUCCAGGACUCUCUCUGCAACGCACCCGGAGCUCGACUUCAACAACGAAGCUUUACAUUCAGCAACUACGCCGAUCUCCGUCGCCAGGAACUCACCUGUAUUUCCGAAGAAGCCAUAAUGGAUAACUAUUUUGAAGAUUUUAUCGACGAUUGCAUCACCAGUUGCAACAAGGAAGAGAAAUACCUGAUGCUUAGCGAGUACGAAAAUAACUUGAAUAAAACGCAGGAGACCCUAGACAGGCGUCUGAGGAACGUUCGCAGAGCAUCCAUUCUGCUUCCUUAUAAGUAUGAUCAGUGCCCGAACUGCAUGCGACUUCUACCCACCCAGGCGAACGGGGAACUGACCCUGCGCGGCUCGCCGCGACGAAUGCAGAGACCCUGCGUUGACGUCAUUGAAGAGGUGACGACGUCGCUUUGACCUAUAGGGUAGAUCGUGUAUAACAAUCCAACGUAGUCCAAUCAACGAUGUAGAAAUCGCCGAUACGUUCAUUGUAUUCAUUCACGUCAUUAAUCCGUGCACGUGCUUUCAUAAUGGGACAGCGUAUAGCUUGUGAUGAAAACUGCGGUAUCAUAUGUCAUCGCCUGAUGGACUUCCGCGCAUGGACAGCAAAGUAUGGUUAACGUAACGAUAAUAAGCCGAAGUCAAUGGAACUCAUGUGGUGCCCGGUUCCAGGAUAAUAGCUCAUGGACGUAUUUAUUUUUUACCCACGGUAUUUUGGGGAGUAAAGAGGAGAGAAGUGCUUGAAUCGUACAUGAUAAAAAAAUGACAAUAAAAUAUUUGACGCUAAGAACGUU